AUGGAACCCUUGUGGGCAAUGCUGGGCACCGCUGCCCUCCUUUCCCUCUUGCUGCUGCUCUUUGCCGCGCGCCUCUUCCAGACGAGGCGAGCGCGCGUCCCACCUAACGCGGCCGUCAGCCUCUUGGUGGUGGCCGGUUCUGGAGGGCACACAACAGAAAUCUUGAGGUUACUUAGUAGCCUCUCCCAGACAUACUCUCCUAGACAUUAUGUUUUGGCUGAUUCAGAUAAGAUGAGUGAAGAAAAAAUCCGUUCUUUUGAACAAAAAAGAGCUGAAGUGUUCUCCAAUUCCUUGUUCACCCUCCACCGCAUUCCCAGAAGUCGAGAGGUCCGUCAGUCAUGGAGCUCUUCAGUGCUAACAACCCUGCGGUCCAUGUUUUAUUCUUUGCCUUUGGCCUUCAGACUCAAGCCAGAUUUGGUGCUGUGUAAUGGCCCAGGCACAUGUGUACCCAUAUGUGUAUCUUCCCUUCUACUCAGGAUGUUGGGACUAAAGAGAGUAACUAUUGUGUAUGUCGAGAGCAUCUGCCGAGUGGAAAACCUGUCCCUGUCUGGGAAGAUUCUUUACCGCUUUUCAGAUUACUUCAUCGUUCAGUGGCCUGCUCUGAAAGAAAAAUAUCCCAAGUCUCUUUAUCUUGGACGAAUAGUGUGACAACAGAGGACAAAGUCAACUGGUGCUAGAACCGCCUCCAAACUUUGAAGGUCUUUGAAUUUCUUUCCAGCAGCAGUUCCUGGUUCACAAGUUUGCACAAAUUGAGCAAGACUCAGUAGGGGAUUCCUAAAUAAAAUGGGAUGUACCUUUGUCCCACCCAAGAUUGCAAAGCUUGUGUUCCGUUCCCCAUUCCAUCAGGAACCUGCCAUACCUCCCUUGUCUCGUUUUGCUUCCCUAGACCCUUCCCCUUGAUCCUCUUCCCAUGAGUAGAGACCUUUUCUAAUGGGACAGGGAAUAAGUAAACUGAGAAAUAUGGCAUGGGGAAAGGAAUAUCAGUGAGUGUGAAAUCGGAUCGUUAUUACUCCAUCAAAGUACAUGACGCAGUACAGACGAGCAUAAGUAAAAUCAUCAAAAGACAUGUCCCUCUGCCAAGCUUCUAUGAGACACUGGCUCAGUUCAGACAACAUGUUUCUCAAAGGUGGUUUUAGAACUCCACAAUGGAGUUUUUACACCACCGUUGAGAAAUGUGAUGUCUGGCGGGAAAACUCCACCCCACACUGAAUAUCCAUGCUGCACAGAGGAGAGUUCCUGCACAACUGUUGUGUUACAUAUUGUGUGGAGGGCUCCAUAGAGUUUUUCGUUGUGUUGUGUUGACUUUUCCCACUGGCUACAGAGUUCCCUAGCAAGAGCAGCGAAAGGAGCGAGAGAGCCUCUAGGAGAACUGCCGGGAUUUGUUUUUCCAGCAACGGCUGAUAGGACACCAUCAGGAGGACCAGGGGAAGAGAGAGGAUGGAGGAACUGUCAAUCAAACGUCACAGUGAAUUUUACUCAACUCCACAGUAGCCCACAGUCACACAACAGUGGAGUUAGAAUAUGUUGUGUGGGGAGUACCUCUUGAAAACUCAACUGUUGUGGAGUUUUCACACUGUGUUGACAUGUCUGAUCUGAGCCAUCAGCAGUUAUUUCUUUUCUUUUUUUCUUUUAUUAUUUUGGCUUUCCUUUUUCCUUCCUGUGCUCUCUUUCUCACACGUGCCUUAUCUCUCUCUCUCUCUCUCUCUCUCUCUCUCUCUCUCUCUCUCUCUCUCUCUCUCUCUCUCUCUCUCUCUCUGUUCAAAGGUAACAUUCAGUUCAAAGACGGAAAUGAGGCUUACAUAUUUGAUGUGGACCUAUACCUAAAGUACCACCCUGGAAUCAGGGAAUUAGAGCUUGCGCCUUCCCACAGCCCCUUUCCUAAUGAUACAAAUUGUUCACCCGUCUCUCUAACAGCUAAGGACAGGGAAAUUGAGUGGGCACAAAGUAGAUCUUUUGAUGGUUUGGAUUUCAAUGCCCAGCAUCCCUGACAAUUGGCCAUGUUAGGAGGGGUUUCUGGGAGUUGAAGUCUAAAACGUCUGGAGAUCUACCUUCUGCCCACCCGAAGUGUAAUAAGUAAAUACAUGGAGAAAUUCCACUGGGAAGAUGCUGGCCUUUGUCAGAUGUUACCUUCCACAGCCACUUCUGCCCUUCUGCUGUGUGGACCAAAUAACCAGUACUCUGGGCUGUAUUUACUUGUACACAGGCUCUCCCUGACCCAUCGCCCCUCUUCCAUAGAAGGGCUACGUUGCAUGUUGGGGUCCUGCAGUCUCACUUGAAAGGCCACUAGGGUGCCAUAGCAGCCCAGAGAGGAUGCUUAGUCAUGCCCCUAUAUUGUAAGAAACAAGUUUUUGCUCUGAUACAACAAUCCCUGUUUCCUGUAUGCAAGCAGUGAAAUCCCUGGUGAACAUUUUAAGCAUUUUAAGUUAGUAAACCGCCAUACUAACUUGGCUUUAUGACAGUUUUCACUCUGCAGCCUUUCCAAAACCCCAAAGCAUUACAUCCAGUAUCCUUUUUCCGUUUGGCCUGUCAGAGCUGGCCCUGUGAACUAGAGUUCACUUUCCAAAGCUUUGUGUUUAAUUGUUAAGAUAAAUAGAGAGGUAGCGGAUGUCACAAACAGAUGCAGCAUUUGUACACGAGAGAGACAGAUUUUUCCAUGUUGAGCAUUAAAUCUUUUUUUAAACUGUAUUCCGUUUCAGAGAACAAACUGUCAUUAGAAAGUGGUGAGAUCCUCUAGCACACUUUGCAAUCCCAUGUGUGAACGCUUAAAUGAACAUUAACAAUGCCAAAAGUAAAGUGGGAAGAAAUGAGACCAAAAAAUACACUUUUCUUAGUGAACUUGGGUUUUGUGUAUUUAGGUUUUUUGUGUUUAAAAGUUCAAGACAUGUUUAGUUAAUCUUGAAGCUCCCUCUCCCCUUAAAUGGGAAAUGGCAUUUAAUAUCAAACCCUAUUAGCAAAUAGAUUAGGUGGGAGACUGAAUUUCACACAUCUGUUGUAGCCCUUUGAGUUCAUCUGGCAAAUCCUAAUCCUAUACAUUGUUCAGUGUAUAAAGCAGUAUAAACACAUCUGCCAUCUGCAUGCACAGUUAUAUUGAUGAACACAUUUUGGCUGGAGAAAUACACACAUCGGAGAAAGGAAUAGAAAAGUGUCAAUGGUCUAUGUAUGUGAUGCAUAAAUCUAACACAAGGAAGUUAAGCUACAAGAGACUGAUAGCUUUUACUUUCUAUCACAAUUGUGAAAGUUUCAAUCAUUUGUUUUAGAGGGCGUAGAGUUUCCUAGAGCUGGCAGUGCCCACAGUUUGCUGAAUGGGGCAAAUAAAUUUGGUUUGGGUUUUUGCUUUUCUAGAAGAGAUGUUGCUGAAUUUUGGUACAAGGUUGCCAAGGGAAGGAACAUUAGCAGAAGGCAAUCCUUUCUUUGGUUGAAAAGUAUGUUUAAUAUCCCAUGAGGAUCUGGUUCAGAUUUUCUGAACAGCUCAGUUUUCAUUUCAGCAGAGAAACUGGAAAUCGGCAUAGCUGUGAUGACGCCAUAAAUCACAGCAUUUGGCUUGGCACAGACUUCUGAGGACUUGGGCUAAUAAUAAUAAUAAUAAUAAUAAUAAUAAUAAUAAUAAUAAUAAUAAUAAUACAUUUCUGGGCCACAUAGAGAAGGAGCGAGGCAGUUUCGAUGAACAGCUAAAAAUCCUCUAGGAGCCAAUUGUGUCAUCUUUCCAAGCGUUCCUAAUGUAGCGUGUAGUGCUAGGAGAGAAAUCCAUACACUAGAAAGUCUUUGACUCAAAUGUCACUUCAGCCAUAAAAUAAUUCAGUAUUGUUAGACAAGCCACUUGCUCGGCCCCAGCACCUGUAAUCUAGGUGUAAUGUCCUACCUUAUUGGGUGGUUGUAAGGAUUACUAAGAUAAUGAAUGUGAAAUACUUAGAGCAUGUAAGAAAUGGGUGUUUUACAUGCUAAGCAUCAUUCAUUGUUUACCAGUAUCCUGUGAUUCUUAUUCCCUUUUCUCCGGAUUAUGCCAGCCAUCCAGUCCAUAACAAACAAGCUGUAAUCCUAAACACACUUACUUGCAAGCACGUGCAAUUUGAAUCAAUGGGGCUUGCUUCCAAAUUAAGAUGCUUAGAUUUAGGGCAGGGCACGCAUUGAACAUCUCUCAGCCUGACCGCUGAAUUCCAUUUCAAAGAAGCUCUUGAGGAGGGGGUAUUAUUCCAGCCAAAUGCAAAAGGGCUGGAACCACAAUACCCCAAAACAGCAUCUUUUAGCUGAAAGCUCUUAUUGCCAGUAACUAAGCCAUAGGAGUUUAAUUUCAGUUUUUUUGGAAUGGGGGAAAAAUCCCAUUUCUGUUUUUUAGAAUAGGGGAAAGAGGUGGGAAUGGGGGAGUGGUGGGUCCUCCUGCGGAACCCCAGAGAGCUGUCUUGAAACCUCAGUAGGGCCAGUUUGACCCUAAGUCUCAGGUUCUGCAGCCUUGAUUUAGGGUGUGAUUUUAUGUUUUGAGUAAGGCAGCAAUAACCAACAAGAGAGUGCACAGAAUCUAAUUUAUGUAACACGCUGCCCAAUCCUGUGUCUAUAUAGAAGUAAGCAUUUGGGGGAUUAAAUGGAAAUGAUUCCCAAGAAAGUGUGAACAAACUCAAUGUUAUUCUGGUAACAGGUCAAAGAAUUUUUGGAUUUAGUGCAGAAUGAUAGGCACCUUACUAUAUACCAACAAUUUUAAGAUAAUACCAAAUGUUUAUCCCACCCUUCCUCCAAGAUUCUCAAACUAGCGGGCAUGGUUCUGCUCCCCCACCCAUUGCCAUUUAACUUCACAACAACCCUGUGAGGUAGGUUAGCCUGAGACAGAGUAACUAUCCCAAAGACACCCACUGAUCCUAAUGGCUGAGUAUUAAAAUCUCAGAUUUGAAAUAAGAUCUCUCCUGGUCUAAGUCUGAUCCUAAAAUGUAGAAUAUCAUCUCUCAAUAUUUUUCCUGGAUUAAACAAAACAACAAAAUUCUGUGCAAACAGAAUCUGUAAGACUCGUCUCAUCAAUAAAAUAUUCCCAACCAAGUUGAGCUAAUAGACCUCAGUUUGCCUCAUUGUGAGGGUUUGUCUGGUUCAUUUUUCUUUUCUUUUCGUUUCCAGUAAAUCUUUGUCCCUGUAUUCGCUGGGAAAUAAAUAUCAGAUAAGUUUUAUAAUUGCUCAGGCAAAUAUCCCCAACACACCAAGUCUCUUGUUGGAGUAUUAUAUCAAAGGAUCUGAGGUAGCUACUGAAGGUGGGAUCGUUUUUUUUUGUUGGCCCAUCCUGAGAUAUUCCAAGAGGCACAAUUUAUUGGGGUUCGGCCAGCUUUAUUUUGUCAGUAGGGACAAUCAGGUGUUAUCCUCUCUAUCAAAGGGUCCAUUUGUACAGAGCCAUUUGAAGAAAAGUGUACUUUUUGUAUUGGAUUUUCCUUUUGUUGGGGUUCUGACACUGGAAUCGCUGGAAUAUUGAUUUCGGCUACCACUAUUUUCUGAUUACUUUGUGGUAUCUGUUGGACGCGGCGGGUAUGUUAUUGUCUCAUCUGUUUGCGAAUGGCCCAUGCGGCUAAUAUGCAAUAAAGUUUAUUCUAUUUCAGAUAA